AUGACCGAGCAACUUGUUCAAUUCCUCAUCGUUUCUGAUGGCCAAUUGCAAGUGUCUUGGGAUAAUUCUGCUCUUCUUGUUGUCUCUAGCAGCGUUACCGGCCAAUUCCAAAAUUUCGGCAGCCAAGUAUUCCAAAACAGCAGUCAAGUAGACUGGGGCACCGGAACCAACUCUUUGAGCGUAGUUACCGUUUCUGAGCAAUCUGUGGACUCUUCCGACUGGGAAGGUCAAUCCAGCCUUGGACGAUCUUGA